AAUAUUUCUGGUUUCAGUUCAAGGAGAAUGGCCAAAGUGUUUCUUCUUUCCCCCCUCCUCUUUGGCCUGCUGCUCUUCGUAGCUGAUGGAUCUCGCAACACUCAGAUGACUGACAAGGAAAGUGAUGUGACUUACAUUGUAGAGGGGCCUCGUGAAGGUAACGACAUUGCUAAUCUCAAUAUUGUCAUCUGGAACACCCUAAAACAUGGCCUCCAAGAUACGUACUGCUGCCUGAGGAACGGCUUUGGAUGUAUUCAGGAGUGUGACUCCAACAUCACAUACCACUGCUGCCUGAAGAAUGCAUUUGGAUGCCUGCAGCUAUGUGAGCCCAACGUCAAGUAUUUCUGCUGCCUCAAGAAUGGAUUUGGCAGCUGUUUGCAGCUGUGCGACUCAUCCAAGGAACACUACUGCUGCAAAAAGAACGGCUUUGGGAGCUGCACUGGAAUGUGCCCCAAAAAGGUGAACCUGAUGAAGUGAUCUGCGUUUGAUGCAACAUCCUGGAAAUUGCUGAUAUUUACAAGUUAAAUAAAGCGCAAGACUUUUACUUUA